GACAGCAGGUAGACUGGCCGACAUGAAGCUUCUCCUCUGCGCCACGCUGCUCGGAUUCCUCGCCACCGUGCUGGCGGCUCCAGCUGAGAAGGUGAAAUGGUGCGUCAAGUCGGACGCAGAGUACCAGAAAUGUUUGGCUCUGGCAACUGCAGCUCCCGCGUUCUCCUGCGUGAAGAAAGACAACACCAUCGACUGCAUUGUUGCGAUCAAGGCCGGUGAUGCAGACGCUAUUACUUUGGAUGGAGGCGACGUUUUCACCGCUGGACUGAACAACUACGACCUGCAGCCCAUCAUUGCUGAGGACUACGGCACCACUUCCGACACCUGCUACUACGCCGUCGCUGUUGUGAAGAAGGGCAGCGGAUUUGGCUUCAGAGAUCUCAAGGGGAAGAAAUCUUGCCACACUGGUCUGGGAAAAUCUGCCGGCUGGAACAUUCCCAUCGGAACUCUGUUGACCAUGAACAUACUCGAGUGGGCAGGCAUCGAGGACAAACCUGUGGAGGAGGCGGUGAGCAGUUUCUUCCAGGCCAGCUGUGCCCCAGGGGCAACAAGGGGCAGUAAGCUGUGUGAACUGUGCAAGGGAGACUGCUCCAGGUCUCACAGCGAGCCCUACUAUGACUACGCCGGAGCCUUCCAGUGUCUGGUGGAGGAUGCCGGAGAAGUGGCCUUUGUGAAGCAUCUCACCGUACCUGAUGCUGAGAAGUCCAAGUACGAGCUGCUGUGCAAGGACAACAGCAGAGCACCUAUCGACAACUACAAGACCUGCAACCUGGCCAGAGUGCCGGCUCACGCUGUUGUCACCCGCAAGGACGCACAGCUGGCUGAGUUCAUCUGGACAAGCCUCAACGGAGUACAGGGCUUUAACCUCUUCUCGUCAGAAGGCUACACAGGCAAGAACCUGAUGUUCAAGGAUUCAACAACGAAGCUGGUGAAGCUGCCCCCAAACACAGACUCCUUCCUGUAUCUGGGCGCUGAAUACAUGAGUGUCCUCCGCUCCCUUAAGAAAGAGCAGCUGCCAGGCACUGUAUCCCCUGCCAUCAAGUGGUGCGCUGUGGGCCACGCCGAGACCGUCAAGUGUGACACGUGGAGCAUCAACAGUGUGGACGGUGAAAACGCCGUCAUCGAGUGCCAGAGUGCUCCUACAGUUGACGAGUGCCUGAAAAAGAUUAUGCGCAAAGAGGCUGAUGCGAUGGCAGUGGACGGAGGACAGGUGUACACAGCCGGGAAGUGUGGUCUGGUUCCUGUCAUGGUGGAGCAGUACGAAAACAACCUGUGCAGCAGUUCUGAAGGCGUAGCCUCCUCUUACUACGCCGUCGCUGUGGUAAAGAAGAGUUCAGGGGUGACCUGGGAGACCCUGCAGGGCAAGAAGUCCUGCCACACGGGCAUGGGCAGAACAGCUGGCUGGAACAUCCCCAUGGGUCGCAUCUAUGAAAGGACCAAAGACUGUGACUUCACUAAGUUCUUCAGCAGUGGCUGUGCCCCCGGAGCCGAUGCCAACUCCCCGUUCUGCAGCCAGUGUGCCGGCAGCGGCAAAGCUGUGGGAGACGAGGCCAAGUGCAAAGCCAGCGCUGAUGAGCAGUACUACGGCUACGCUGGAGCCUUCAGAUGCCUGGUUGAAGGUGCUGGUGAUGUUGCCUUCAUUAAACACACAAUCGUUAAAGAAAACAGUGACGGUGUUGGGCCAGCGUGGGCCAGCGCCGUGAGCUCUGGUGACUACCAGCUCAUCUGCCCUGGGAAGGAGCCAGCGGAAAUCACUGAUUUCGCCAAUUGUCACUUGGCCAUUGUGCCUGCACACGCUGUGGUGACUCGUCCAGAGAGCCGCGCCGACGUGAUCCGCAUCCUCCAGGACCAGCAGGCCAAGUUUGGAUCCAGUGGCAGCGAUCCCACAUUCAAACUGUUCCAGUCAGACCAAGGAAAGAACCUCCUCUUCAAAGACUCCACUCAAUGUCUGCAGGAGGUUGCAGCUGGAAAAUCCUACGGGCAGUUUUUGGGACCAGAGUACACCAACGCCAUGGCCUCGCUCAGACACUGCAGUGACUCGACUCCAGAUCUGGAGAAAUCUUGCACUUUUCACUCUUGUCAGCAAGCCUAACGGUGACGUGGACCCCGCGGCGCCUCAGUCGGCUCUCAGCCAUUCAUCCGCCUUACCCACACUUCCUACACUCGACCCAAAAAUUGCAUUGACUUUUUUAUUGCUGAUCUUGUUGUAGGUCUGUUUUUAGAAGUACGAUCAACACGGAGUUCCGUCAUCCCGCAGAUCAUCAAUCACACGAUCGAUCACAUCCACAUGUAGCUAUUUUCAUGCUGUUGAAACAAAAUGUUAAACUGCUUUUGUUAUUGGAUCAACUAUGUUUUGUGACACGUCUGACUUUUCUCAAAUAAAACCUUUUAAAUGCUC